CUGUCUUUCUCUGCAUGGUUCUUUACUGUACGUGCUGUCUGAGGUUUGCACAAGCACAGUCUGCAGAUGUGGACGUGCUGCAAAGACUGGGAUUGGUUGGGAAACGACCAUCUGGGACACGCUCCACACCCCAAGGUGUCAUCCCCUUCAAAUCAGGAGUCAUCCUAACCCAGAGGGCGCGAAUUGACGUCCCAGUGAGCUCAGUCGUCCCGGCGUCACUGGGCUCGGCGUUCUCUCUCAUCCUCAGCGUAUGUUCACAUCGCAUAAACAAUGCUUUCCUCUUCACCAUUGUGACAAAGAGGAAAAGACUGCAGCUAGGGGUGCAGUUCAUCCCUGACCAAAUCUUAGUUUACUUGGGCCAAAAGAACACUGUAAAGUUCGAUUAUGAUGUUCACAAUGGUCAGUGGCACAACCUGGCUUUGGAAAUCCAGGCCCAAAGGGUUACUUUAUAUACUUCUUGUGGGAAGACAAGUGUACAUGCACAUUUGCAUUUUAAAAAUGAGGAAACGCUGGAUCCAGAGGGCUCCUUUCGAUUGGGAAAAACAAGCCAGAACUCAGUGCAGUUUGAAGGAGCCAUCUGUCAGUUUGAUAUUCAUCCCUCUGCUAAGGCAGCUCACAAUUAUUGUAAGUACAUUAAAAAACAGUGCAGGGAAGCUGACACUUAUCGGCCAAACCUCCCUCCUCUUUUACCGCUAUUAUCCCUGGAUCCCAAUAUAUCUGUUACCGUUCAGACCCCAAAUGUUGUAACAGAGGUAAACGACAGACAUCUUUCAUUAACACAAGACAAAGUACGCAUUAAUCAUGAAACCUCACAAGUCCUAAACACCUCCGUUCUAAUUACAUCUCAGUCUGUACAAAGCACGGUGCCACCGACGAUAGCCCAGCCCACACUACAGCUCCCCCUGCAGGCCAAAUCACAAACUGCCAUGGCCUCCUUUGGGAGUAGGACAUCACAAAUAUCUUCAAAGCCAACUCAACAAAGCAGUCCCAGGAAGAACCUCAUGAAGGCAACUGUAAAGCCCCAGAUACUAAAAGAGAACGGGAUGGCUGUCACCUCCACACCAGCAGGCCAACAGAAGAACAAACUGGAUAUCCAGACCCCUGCCACAACAAAACCUAAACCUUCUAGCACAUCCAGAGUGUCGGAGAUGACAACAUUAGCAUCACAGAGACCAUUACCAAAGGAGACCUCCAAACCCAGCUCUUUUGAGCCCGUCACCCCUGCAGCAACGGAUGGUUUCCAAACCUUUGACCUUGAACUAACCCAAUACUCCCUCUUGGCUGGGCCACCAGGACAGAAAGGAGAACCAGGACCACUGGGACCUCCAGGACCUCCUGGCAAGCCAGGAUUACCAGGAAAGAGAGGGCCCAGGGGUCCCCCUGGUCCGCAUGGAAACCCAGGCCGCCCAGGGACCCCCGGACCCAAGGGAAAAAAGGGAGACCCUGGAAUCUCACCUGGCAGAACACCAAAUGGAAUAAAGGGGGACCCUGGGAUAUUAGGGCUACCCGGACUACCCGGUCAAGCUGGUCGGAAGGGACAGAAAGGCCAUCCUGGUCCCUCUGGCCACCCCGGAGAUCAAGGAGAAAGAGGACCGGAUGGAAGCCCGGGUGCCAAAGGUUAUCCUGGCAGGCAGGGUUUGCCUGGGCCUGUAGGAAAUAUGGGACCAAAAGGUGUACAGGGCUUCAUUGGAAUCCUAGGCGUCUUCGGUCUCCCUGGACCUGAUGGAGAAAGAGGUUUACCUGGUGUUCCCGGGAAGAAGGGCAAGAUGGGUAGGCCGGGCUUUCCAGGAGAUUUUGGGGAGCGAGGACCACCAGGACCUGAUGGAAAUCCAGGGGAGAUGGGUGCUCCAGGUCCUGUUGGCAUCCCUGGUUUUAUUGGUGAUAUGGGUCUUGUUGGAAUUGUGGGUCUUGCUGGAUUAAUAGGACCAAAGGGUAUACCAGGAAACCCUGGCGAGUCUGGACUGAAAGGUGAUAAGGAUGAAGUCGGGUUGCCAGGUGAACCGGGAGAACCUGGAUUUCAAGGUGACAAGGGUAAUCAGGGCUCACCAGGUUUACCAGGAAUUCGAGGAAAGCCAGGACCACAGGGUAAGCCUGGAGAUCGAGGCCCAGAUGGUUUGCCAGGCCCACCUGGCCCUGAGGGCUUUCCAGGGGAUAUUGGACCACCAGGACAGAAUAGCGCUGAGGGCCCAAAGGGGAAUGCAGGAACGAGAGGGAUUCCAGGCCCUAGAGGAGUUCCUGGACUUGAGGGCGAUCAGGGCCCAGUAGGACCACCAGGGGCUCCAGGACUAGAGGGCAGACCUGGGAGGAAGGGUUUCCCUGGGAAUCCAGGGGAGGAUGGAAUGAAGGGAGAGCCUGGAUUUCCUGGAAACCCUGGGAUGCUUGGUGAGAGGGGUCUUCUUGGUUUUGUCGGACCUGUCGGUGAGGUGGGGUUUCCUGGAGAAAAGGGAGAUCGUGGUGAGAUGGGUCUGCCCGGGCCACCUGGAGAAAAGGGAGCGAUGGGACACCCAGGGGCCCCGGGUGAGAGAGGCCCAUCUGGACCAGAAGGUACACCAGGGCCUCCCGGGUCUAGGGGCCUCAGCGGCACCAGAGGACCCAAAGGCAGAAGGGGUGCGACAGGCCCAGACGGACCAGUCGGAGACAAAGGAGUGAUGGGAAUGAAGGGUCCUGAAGGCCCACUGGGAAAACAAGGCUUCAAUGGACAAAUGGGUAAACUUGGUGAAACUGGUGAAAACGGACCAACUGGAUUUCCUGGUGUUCAAGGGCCAACAGGACCUCCUGGCGCAAAGGGCAUCUUAGGAGAACCUGGUCCUCAAGGGCCUUUGGGAGUAUUAGGUCCAUUGGGUGAGAUUGGAGCAGAGGGUUUACCUGGGAAGGUUGGGGAGCGAGGCUUACCAGGUGAACCAGGAGAGAAGGGUGCUGCUGGAUCUCUUGGGAAUAUGGGAGAGCAAGGCUUGAUUGGACCUCGAGGCGACCCUGGGCUUGAUGGGGAGGCUGGUCUGAGUGGCCCUGAUGGAGCUAAGGGUGAAAAGGGUGACAUUGGUUUGGAAGGAGAAACAGGUGAAAGAGGAGCCAUCGGAUUUACAGGAACAGAAGGCCGUGUCGGAGAUCCUGGCUUAACAGGUGUCAAGGGCCCUGAGGGCAAACCUGGAAAAACUGGUGAGAGGGGAAAACCUGGAGAGAAGGGCAGCAAAGGUCACCAGGGUCACCUUGGCGAGACUGGACCAAUGGGAGAACAAGGUGCCAUAGGUUUCAUUGGGCCAAAAGGAAGCAGAGGAACUACUGGGUUUAUGGGUGCUCUGGGAAAAAUGGGUCAGUAUGGAGAACCAGGUUUAGUGGGAUAUGAAGGUCAUCAAGGACCAAAAGGUCCAAUGGGAUCCCCAGGACCAAGAGGUGAAAAGGGAGAGCCAGGUGACGACAGGAAGGUUGAAGGUCCACCUGGUCCUUUAGGUGACAUCGGACCUGUUGGCAACAGAGGAGAAAGGGGACAGCCAGGUGACCCUGGAUACCCAGGUCACGAAGGUGUUCAUGGGGAAAGAGGAAACCCAGGGGCCCCUGGACUCCCUGGAAAUGCAGGGCCAAAAGGUUUUCCAGGGCCUAAAGGAUCCAAAGGCAAUAAAGGUGCAAAAGGCAAAAAUGGUCCAAGUGGUGAAUCUGGAAAACGAGGCUCCGCUGGUCCUGUUGGUCUCCCAGGCCCCAGAGGAGUUGUUGGUCGUGAGGGUCUUGAGGGUGAUCCUGGGGUAGAAGGAGCCCUUGGGAAAGAUGGAGUUAAAGGAAUGCCAGGUGAGCAUGGAAGUGAUGGGGAGGUUGGUCUGCCUGGAAAACCAGGUCCUCAAGGAAACACAGGUGUACCAGGUCUGCCAGGAAUUCAAGGCUCUUUUGGGCCAAAGGGUGAAAGGGGCAUCCCUGGCCAAACUGGACCUCCAGGCAAAAGAGGAUUUAAUGGGGGAAUGGGAUUUCCUGGAAAACAGGGUGACCGAGGGGUCAAAGGGCAACCUGGUGGUACUGGUGAACAGGGAUUUCCUGGAGUUCUUGGAAUAUUUGGACCGAAGGGGCCUCCCGGAGACCUUGGCCCAGUGGGUAUCCAGGGCCCAAAGGGUCCUCAGGGUUUAAUGGGUAUGCAAGGAGCCAUCGGACCCAUUGGUAUCAUUGGGCCCAGUGGUAACCCAGGACCACAAGGAGACAAAGGAAAUAGAGGGGAAAUGGGUAUUCAGGGACCCAGGGGACCUCCAGGUCCUCGUGGACCACCUGGACCUCCAGGGCUUCCUGGUGUAUCUUUUUCUCCUGAAAAUGAGGCUCUUGGUGCUGCUUUACAUGUUGUUAUGGAUUCCCGCUCUACUUUACGGUCCGAGACGUAUGAAGACACUGAGCUUCUAAUGCUGGACCAGGGAACCCAGAUCUUUAAGACUCUUCACUACCUCAGCACUCUAAUCCACAGCAUCAAGAAUCCUCUGGGAACACAGGAGAAUCCUACCAGAAUGUGCAGAGAUCUGUUUGAAUGUGAGCACAGAUUGAACGAUGGCACUUAUUGGAUAGAUCCUAACCUGGGCUGCUCUUCUGACAAUAUUGAAGUGACCUGCAACUUCACCAGUGGAGGUCAAACCUGCCUUAAGCCAGUCGCUGUUUCCAAGUUGGAGAUUGGAGUGAGUCUGAUCCAGAUGAACUUCAUCCACCUUCUGAGCUCUGAAGCUGUGCAGAUCAUCACCAUUCACUGCCUGAACGUCUCUGUUUGGGCAGCAGGGGACUCCAAAACACCUUCCUCUAGUGCGGUGUACUUUAAAGCCUGGAAGGGACAGAUAAUCGAGUCUGGGGGAUUCAUCGAGCCUGAGCUGAUAAAGGACGAGUGCUGGAUCACAGAUGGCCGAUGGCAUCAGACACAGUUCAUUUUCCAGUCAGAGGACCCAAACUUACUGCCCAUUGUGGAGGUCUACAACUUGCCCAGCACAAAAUCUGGCUCACAUUACCACCUUGAAGUCGGCCCUGUGUGCUUUUUAUAAAGAAAGCAACAAUGAAAGCCUUAAAUAGCCCGAUCAGCAGCGUUACAGAGCCUCUCUCUGGCCUAGAGGCCAACAAAACUGUACAUCUCCUCUCAAGCGUGGACUGCAGCCUUUAAACAUGAGAAAAGAGGGAACUAGAGCAGCUUUGGAGAAAACAAGACUUCCUAUGCGAGCAGCUCGGGAUGACAGAUUCUUUCUUUUCAGAGCCGGGUUUCUUCUGUUUGGAAACGAGGCCUGGAUAUGUGGUUAGAGGUGCUUCUUAAACUCUUAAUAGAAGCCUUAAUUUAUUCAUAGUUGUGUUUUUCCCCACGUGGACAAGGAACAAUUAAGACAUUUAUUUGUAAUGAAGUACUUAUUUUGUAUUCUAUAGUUAUACAUGAUCAUGUGUGCUUGUAUAUUUUCUGUAAAGUGCAAUAGAGAAUGAACAGAUUUUUUGUUUUUAAAGAUGAAUCUUCUGUUUGGCUGUUCUAGGUAAUUGAGGUUUACUGUCACUCAUAUCAUUAAUUCAGGUUCAUUGUCGUGUGUACUUGUGUAUACCAGCAGGUCUGUUGUAAAGGCCUCAGAUACCAGCAUGCAUACAAAAACACACGUAUGCGUUCAUUCAUAGCCAGAAUAUGAGUCGAGGUGAAUCCAGACUUGAAAAGCAACAUGUAAACGUCUACCUCCCAUCUCUCAUUUUUUGGUGUAUUGGGACAGUAAAUGGAUUCACAUGCAUUUAACUCCUGUGGUUAGAUUUCCGUUUCCGUCAAAUGUUUUUAACUUAAGUGCCUUUUAUACUUUGAAAGGGAAUAUUUUUGUAUACAUUUUUAAAAAGGAAAAAGUUCAAAUGAUCUUUUUUUUUUUUUUUAGCCAAACAUAUCUUUAAUCCUUUAUCUUCUAGUAUACCUUAUUUGUACAAAUAUUUGAACUUUAAAGGCACAAGAAUUAUAUUAUUAUAGCAGACAUGGUGUUAAAAGUGCUUUAUAUCUCUCGACUGUAGGCCUUUCCAUCAUUAAGUACAUAUAUGCAUUUUCAUAAGCCCUAUCUGACUGCAGAAGUAAUUGUUUGACAUGGUCUGUGUCAUAAUUACUGAUUUUUGUAUGUCUUUGUUAAGGUGCGUGUACAAAGCUGAAUGUUGCAGUUAGAAACAGCAAACCCGAGGUGUAAUAAGGAGCUGUUGAUCAAAAUGAGAACACUAGAAUAUUCCACUAUAUUGGGUCUGUUAUGAGCAGCGACUUUGACGUCAUGGUAAGCUAAUUAUUACAGUGGCUGUGACCAAAAAGAGUUAUGUAUGAUAUU